UCUCUGUCUGCUGUGUAUAUGUGUGUAUCUCUCUCUCUCUCUUUCUCCCUCCCUCUCUAUUUUAUCCAUCUCUCGCUAUCGCUAUCUGUCACUUCGUCUCGCGGCGUGUAUCGCGCGUGUCGUCGACUCGGUGAGAACGUUCCUCUCGCGUGUGUAAUCUGGUGCUCGAUGCUUCUGUUUCGCGCGUGUGUGUUUAUGAGUUUUUGCUCGGCGAGAAGGCGAUGCCGCACACAGUGGCAGAGUGAACAGUGACGGUGACGGUAGCGUGCGUGCGUGCGUGUGUGCGCGACAUCAAGAGAGAGAGAGAGAAUAUCGUUUCAUACGUACAUAGCGGUGGACUCGUCGACGGAGGCGUCCGUGUGGUUCCACGCUUCCUCGCCACUUCUUCGCGCGUUUCCUAGGAACAAGCGCUACUGCUUUUCACUGCUCCACCGCGUAUCCCGAUAUCCCGUACCCACCCUGGGGAGCAGCCCCCUCCGUAACGCUGUUAUGAGGUCCGCCACCGAGUGCAAUUGACGGACGCGCGACGAGACGGAGAGAGUGGUGGGGCGGGCCGUGAUUGGAGAGUAUGUACAUAUAGUGCAACGCUGGAUGUGUGUGUGUGUAUGUGUGUGCGCGUAAGCGUAUUGCGUGCGUGCGUACGUGCAUGCAUGCAUGCGUCAAACAUAACCUAAGUAUCGCCGAGCGCGUUAAGUGCCGUUCGCUGUCGCGUUCGUGACGAGAGGGGAUAUAUACAUUAAUCAAGGGCACACACGGAGGAGGAGAUUUGUCAAACGCAGGAUCAGAAAUUAAAACAGGAACAACAAUAAUAUAGGAGUCCUCGUCAACGGUAUAAGCGGCGGAAAAAAAGGGAGGGACGAUAAAGGGACGACGCCGCUUUUCCACGCGCAUUUUUCCCCUUCCCGCGACAGUGGAGGCGCACAGCUGAUUCCUGCGCGAACGGGAAAGAAAAAGCACUACAGAGCGGCAGUAAUUUCCCUUUGACGAAGCAAGAGAAGAGAGAAAUCAAGAAGGAAAUUAUGCUGAUCGCGUGAGAUAUCGUUCGAUUGAUUCGCCCGUCGAUCGCAAACGCGACGCAAACAAUAAUAACGGUGGCUCGCUUCAUCGCGGUGGCGAGGGGGCCGUGAAGUGGGGGAGGGGGUGGCCGGGCCAGCAAGUGUUUUGAUGGCAGUGGUUGGGCCCAGCCGACACUCGCGGGUGUCCAUGAGCGUGUCCAUACCGCUGAUGCAGGGCGGCGGGGCGGGGGCGACCGGCGGCGGCGGCGCCGGUGCCGGUGCCGCCGGGGCCCAUCCGGGCCAGGCGGUCCUCGCUGCUGCUGCCGCUGCCGCGGCCGCGGCCCAGGCGGCGCCCCCUACUUACUAUCAUCCCGCGGCGCCCGCACCCCCGCCCCCGCCGCCUGCCCAGGAUCCCGUCCAGCCGGACCGACCCAUCGGUUACGGGGCCUUCGGCGUCGUCUGGGCUGUCACGGAUCCGAGGGAUGGCAGGAGAGUAGCCUUAAAAAAACUGCCGAACGUCUUUCAAAGUCUCGUAAGCAGCAAGCGAGUCUUCAGGGAAUUGAAAAUGCUUUGCUUCUUCAAACACGAUAACGUACUUUCCGCGCUGGACAUCCUUCAGCCGCCGCAUCUGGACUUCUUCCAAGAGAUAUAUGUGAUCACCGAGCUGCUCCAGAGCGACCUGCAUAAGAUUAUCGUGAGCCCACAGCAUCUCAGCCCGGACCACAUCAAGGUCUUCCUUUAUCAGAUCCUGCGAGGCCUCAAGUAUCUUCACUCGGCCCGAAUUCUUCACAGGGAUAUCAAGCCUGGGAAUCUCCUAGUGAACAGCAAUUGCGUACUAAAAAUCUGUGAUUUCGGAUUGGCGCGAGUCGCGGAGCCUGACCAGAACGUGCACAUGACUCAGGAAGUGGUGACACAGUAUUAUCGCGCGCCGGAAAUCCUGAUGGGCGCGCGGCACUACACCGCCGCGGUGGACGUGUGGAGCGUUGGCUGCAUCUUCGGCGAGCUGCUACGUCGGCGGAUCCUCUUUCAGGCUCAAAGCCCCGUGCAACAGCUCGAGUUAAUCACGGAGCUGCUGGGCUCGCCUACUCUCGAGGAGAUGAGGUAUGCAUGCGAGGGCGCAAAGUCUCAUAUGCUGAGAAGGGCACAGAAGCCACCGUCGCUCGCGACCCUGUAUAAUCUCAGCAGCCAGGCGACGCACGAGGCCGUCCAUUUGCUUUGCCAGAUGCUAGUCUUUGAUCCCGAUAAGAGGAUCACCGUGGUGGACGCCCUGGCGCAUCCUUACCUAGACGAGGGACGGUUGCGGUAUCAUUCAUGCAUGUGCACAUGCUGCUACACGACGAGCGCGGGCAUGAGACAGUACAGGGUGGAUUUCGAGCCUUCGGCUGCCCAUCCGUUCGACGAUCUCUGGGAGAGAAAGCUCACGAGCGUGCAGCAAGUGAAAGAGGAGAUGCACAAAUUUAUAGCAGAGCAGCUGAACACAACGCGAGUGCCGCUCUGCAUAAAUCCGCAAUCCGCGGCAUUCAAGAGCUUCGCAAGCUCCACGGUGGCUCACCCCUCGGAAUUGCCACCCUCUCCACAUCAGUGGGAAUAAAAAGUCUUCCCCGUUCCUGUCCCCAAGAUAGAGACCAUUGGACCCGAGGGUGACGACUUUGCGUCGCGCUCCGAGAAGAGAGGACAAUCUUUCGACUGGAAGAUAGUAAGUGGCCGAUAACAAGAAGAAAGAAGAAGGUGAAGAGGAGGAGGAGGAGGAAGGAAAACGGGGGACUGGAAACUAUGGAGAGAAGAGCCAAGAGAGACAAUAGACUGCCGCACACUGUAGCCUCAAUUUUCGACUAGCCGAUACAUAUACAUGCGCGAGAUGUCGCCUAGCGAUGCGUAGAAAAAUGCCGGGGAAAUUUUGACGCAGAAAUUUGGAAUUUUCAUUAUUUAUUUCUUUCUAAGGAAAUUCGAAAUUAUUUUAUUUUAUCCAAGAAGUGGAAUUUCUCCCGAAAAUUUAAAAUAUUUUAAACAAAUACAUAAAUCUUUUGAAUUUUUUCGUAAGAAUUUUCGACGAGGAAAGAACUGCUUUUUCUCCAUUUCUAUUCUGAAAUUGUAUUCUUCGAAAGACAUUGGCAAACUCUUUCGAUUUUUUCUUAAGAAAAUACGCUUCAAAAAAAGUUUAUAAUUAAACUAAAUUAUUAUUCAGCAAUGAAAUGGAAAUACAAGUAAAUGACGAUAUUCCGUUUAACAGUAUUUGAGAAUUUUGAGAUUCAAUUUAUCUUGAUGGAAAUUUUUUUGACAGAUUACAAAAUUUUUAUUAAAUUCGUAAUCAAUUAUCAUAAUCAUUAUCAUAAUCAAUUAUCGAUAUCCUCAUAGAAUUUCAGCGAUUCUCAUGGAAUUCAAAGAAAAUUUCAAGAAUUUUAAUAAUUAAUGUCAAGGAUUAAGAAAUAAUUAAGGAAAAAGAAAGAAAGAAACAAAAUAAUGUCGCCAUAUCCAUCAAACAUUCUUUUAGAGAAAAUUCAUUUAAAAUUCCACAAAAACAAUUAUCUCGUCGUUUCUCUGCGCAUUUUACCGCAUCCUGCGUGUAUAUAUAGCAAUAUAUUAUACAUAUAUACGUUUGUAUACACAUGAUAUCGAGGGGAGAGAGACACGUGUAACACAUAUACACACACACAUAACACACAUUAGCCAAUUUAAAACACGAAGUAGCCAAUUUUAAUUCUGAGAAAGAGCAGCGGGAGAUAGAGAGGGAGGAUUUCCGGACGAGCGGAAUCAUGAGUACCGUGAGAGUAGAAAAGCGAAAAGGUGGAGGGGGAGUAAUAAUUAAUAGCAUUUAGUAAACACGAGCGUCCAAAAGACGGGCCAGUCCUUUUUUGUUUCUUAGAUUUUACACGUGUAUAGGUCGCGCGCGAGGUCAGCUGGCAUUUAUAAUCGAAUAUGCGCACGCGUGGGAGGAAAGUGCCGGAGAAAGAGGAGCAAAUCACUUCUCGUCCUGAUAAUCGAGGCUCCUCUGAGCCAUUAAGAGAUAUCUCUGAGAAUGUCAUACUGUCGAUCGAAUCGACGUCCUCGAAAGGACGUGCCUCGAUGAUGUCGCAGUAGCAAGAUUAAUGAUUUGAAUCGAAUAGUCCUUGAUUGCGCGAGGAUGUCUCGAGGGGUGAAAAUAUAACUCUUAAUCAACAGCACAUGUCGCUACAAAUAGACAUUUGUUCUUGAAAGAAUACUUUUCGAGAUAUCUCUCGAGGAUAUCGCGCAAGAAAAAUUCAAUCCUUGGCAAGAUCCUUCAUCGUCACAAAGAUAUUGCGAGUAUAUCUGAAGGUCAGGCAGAGUAUGCGAAGCCCGAAUUUCAAAUCGAAUUGCCACUGACGAGAUAUUGUUCGAAGAUUUAUAUCGAAGAAGCAGACGAUAUUCGUCGAAAUAAGAUGUCGCGCGAUCGAUUCUCUUUCCGACUGGCGGAAACUCAACGUUUCUUCUUCCGGGAAAACGCGUUACGAGAUGUACUACCGUUUACCGAAGCGUGAACCGAGCCUCGUGCGAACUAAUCGAUCCUCGCGAGCGUUUGAUUGCGAAACUCUCGAAAUCCGCGAGAUCUGUCACGAAGAGAAACCGAGAAAAAAGAGAAGAGAGAAGAUGGACGAAUCGAAGAAGUCGUCGUCGUCGUCGUCAUCAAUCCUUCUCGAUGAAGUAAUGACAAUCCGGAACUGUUAGAGGGAUUGUAUAGUAAGACGAAUUGCGGCGAAUGAUAAUAUAUAACGGGUGACUAGAUCGUGCAUUCGAUUGGCACUUUUCCUCCCCGAUGCGUCAGCAUUAAUAAGAUAACGAAUUCAUUUCGACCAGCAUUUGCUGGGAAUAAAGACUAGUAAGUCCCUGAUUGAGGCAUUCUUCCUGAAAUGGAGAAUAGACGAAGAAGAAGGAAAUAUAGGUAUAAGUUUGGAUAAAUGAUGCGCGCGGCAAUGUGGGAUCAAGGAAAAGUGGGAAAAUUGCGACAGCGAGUCGCAAACAUGAAAGAUUUUGAAAUCAUAAAUUUAUAAAAAAAAACGUGUAUAUAUUGUCGUGUUGGCAAAAGUAUCUCGUUACUUCCUUUACGUUUGAAACAAAAAUUCAUAUUCAUGGAGCUAAAAGCGUAUUUAGAAAAAAUGCAAAUUGUCUUUGAAGUAAUUUCGAAAUUAAUGACUCGAAAAAAAUUUUCAUAGGAUCGUUAAGUUUGCGCUCUCGAUGAAAAUUAAUUUCGAGAAAACGACGAGAGGAUGGAGAGCGUUGUUUUUGUAAUUUUUCCGCGUUUAUCGGCGACUCGCUGUCUCGAUAAGACGAAAGAAAUUCGCGUCCUAUUUUCUUCGCGAGUGUCCCGAUCCCAUGAUCGCUUGUUUUUGUCUCAAGAUCGAGGUUUCGAAUAACGGGACUUUUUGGAUCUCAGGUUAGAAAAUAGGAAAAGAAGAAUGUCCUGUGAGAAGUCAGGACUCUUGCGAUCUCGCAUAGGAGAGGGGGGCAGAGGUAUAUGCGAACCAUCGAUAUUCAACGACUUUGUUGCCAGGCGAGAAUCUCGAGAAUCUCCGCGUCGAGAAAACAAUUCUCGUCCAUUUCGGCGACACGAUAAUUUUCCCUCGUUUACCUUGCGAACGCGGGUUUCCUUCAUGCGAUUCUAUCGCGAUUUAUUCCAAUAAACACACUGCCGACGUAUCGUGCGAGCACGACGAUAUCAAUACAGGAAAACGAAAGAGAAAGAAAGAGAAAGAGAUAGAAAUAAAUAGAUGAAGACUGAGAGAGGAAUAGAUAGAAAAAUAAAAGAAGGAUAAGAAUGAAUGAAAAGCAGGAUUGAAACCGACGUAAUUUUUUUAAUUUUGAUUUCCUAUACUAAGCACGCGGAGAAAUGUGAAUGUUAUGCCGAUUCAUUCGUUGUGUGUGUGUCGCAAAAAUUUAAGGAAAAAAAAAAAAUAAAUAAAUAAAAUAGGAUGGAUUGUAAUGUGGAAAUUUGAAUUUUGUUGAUUUUACGUUCAGUUUCAAUCCCCGAUAGGAGAGAUCUACAAGGAGGAUCGAGAGACGGAAGAGAGCGAUGAAUCGAAGUCGUUUUUAUAUAGACUUAUGAUAUGUACUUCCGGUAUUAUUUCUGAUUAUGUUGUAAGCGCCGUGCGAUCCAAACUAGACAUGCAAAUCCAGCCGAUUCGAGCGAAUCUCGAAACUCGACAAUCUCGUUGCGAUUAAAAAUUUUGUUGCGAUAUAACAAUGCGAAUAAAUUAAUAACAGCGUCAAAAAUUUAUCUAAAAAAAUUGAUUAUUUACUAUAAAACUGAAAUCAUACUUAAUUUCUUUAUAUUCUUAAUUUUUUUUUAAAAUAACUUUAAUUUUUUUUUCUUUAAAACUACUUUGUCAAAUAUUUACAAAUAUCUGAUUCGAGUUGCAUUUGACACGCGAUUGUCGAGGAUCUUUCGAAUGCUUUCACUCUUGUUUCAUCUCCUGAUAAACGAUAUCUCUUAGAGAUAUAAAAGCUAGAGCGCCGAGACAUAAUAAAAUAUCAAAAGAAAACAUAUAAAAUAUAAGUGAGACAGUCAUACAGUCAAAACAGAAUGAUGAGAAAAAAUAAAUAAAACCAUGUAAAUUAGAAAUAAAUAUUACAAUAGCGACAAUGAAAAGUAUCAUAAUUGUAAUUUAGUACAUACAAUUAUUUUUUAAUGUUAUUUUAUCAAUAAAUACAGAAUCAUAGAAAUACUUUCUACGCGAUUAUAAGAAAUUCAGCCCUUCAGAAUGCCGAAUUCAGCAAACUUAUUCCAUUAUUCGUAUUUCGUUUAUUUUAUUUUAUCAUGUCUCGCGUUCUCAACUUGAGGGUGACUGGUAAAUGUACAGAAAAUCGAAAGGGCGCACGGUACACAUAAUUACGUUCUGAGUGUGAUUUUAGAUUAAGAGAUUUUUAGAUAGUUAGUAGUAACUCUGACGACACGAGAAAUGCCCUUAGAACAAAAUGAAAGGAAAGUUUAGGAUAGUAGAAAGACGCGCAAUUCCGCAUUUGGUUCUCGUCGACGGUAAAAGAAAAACACGUGUUUUCUUUUUCUUUUACGCAAAUCCGCUCGCGACGACCGAAACAAUGAAAGAUCACCGUUAUAAGGUGAUCGCGCUAAGUUAGUUGUAGUUCUUAAUUAAGUGCUUAGAAAAAAGUUACGCCGUGUGUGGUCCACGAAGGGGAGUGUGCUAAGGAUUUCGACUCGAGAAAGCGUUUAUUCCGAUAUUAGUAUUCUCGACGUUAACAUAAAAAAAUAGAUAUUAUCGGCAUUUGCUUGAUGUUAUUACGACACAAUGCGUGCAAAUAUCAAAUAUUUAUCUCUCGUAAUAUUUUAAUUUUCAUAAGUUUCUUUUAUUAAAAUAUUUUGCAAAAAUAUUUCAUCUAAUUUUUCUUUAUUUCACGAUUUUUUAAUUGACUAGAAACAAUUUAUGCAAAGGAUGUAUCCUUUAUUUAUGCAUUCAUAAAUUUAUUAAAUUUUUCAGGAAUUUAUUGAAUUUAUUCAUAUAGGCACGAAAUUUAUCUCAUAAUUAUAAGAAAAGAUAAUUGAUAAAAAAAAUUCUUUUUAGAGCAAAAUUUCUUCCUUCUUUGUAAAAUUAAUUUCAAUAAAGUGUGAUGUGUGCGUGCGUGCGUACGUGUGUGUGUGUGUGUGUAUGUGUGUGUGUAAAAAAACUGCACAAAAAAAAAAAAAUAAAAUGAAAAGAUAAAUUUUAUCGAAAUAAAAUAUAUUUUAAUGCUAAAGGUAGACAGAGACGUGUUGAAAAUAUAAAAUAAAGAUCUAAAGGACUGUAAUCGUUUUGAAAAAAUAACAUCUUAAGAAAUAAUGUUUGCGAGAACAUCGUUGGACAUUGAGAGCACGGACAUCGUGCUUCUAUUUAAUCGCGAUUUCAACGAAAGGAACAAUCGAGCCACAUUCUUUGAUCUUUUUUGAAUAUUUCUAUGUUUAAUAUGUAGAUCUCUCUCCUCCAUACGGACACAUUUCGCGGUAAAUCUCUAGCGAUAACAUAACGUACACGAUUAAAGCAUCGUUGAUGAAAACACGCGUUGUCACCGUACGUUUUUAUUAUUAUAAUAUUAAUUAGAAUACCUAUCGAGGUACAAUUGCACAUAAUAUCUGACAUUGCAUAUUUUUCAUUAGUGAUGCCAAGUAAUAACAUCAGCUACGUAUUGCGAGACACUCGAUAGUGCAAAUUUCAAAUUUCCUUUAAGUCAAGCCUUUUGAUGUAACAUUGAAAGACUAUCUUCGUAUAUAAAACAAUCAUGUAUUUAAUUACAAUAGUAAUUAAUUAUAAUUAAUAGGAUUUAGCUGACAGUUCUUGGAAAUUUUACUUUGAAUAUGAAAUUUUGUUGUACGCGGCAACAAAAUUGUGACUUGUACAAAGUUAUAUGCGGUUUAUAUGUGAAAAUCAGUAUACACUUAUCUGUACAAUUAUGUGAUUUAUAAAAGUCAGUAUACAUUUUUCCGUAACAACGUUGAGUCUUCGCUUCUUUCGUCCGAGAUCCUCCUCUGUAAUUACUGUAAUAACAUACCGUAUCGUCUUUUCCGAGGUAUGGCAUAUAACGCGCUUCUCUCAUUUCGUCAUUUGUAAAUAGAUUAUCAUUAUAUUUAUCGUAUACAUAAAUUGCAACUUAUCAGGAUAUUUGUCGUGAUUGCAGAAUAUGCAAUAAUACUUACAAUAGUAUCUUUAUUGAAUGUCGUCAUUAAUUUUAAUCUAAAAUCAAGAAAGUUGUACAAAAACCUCUGUUAUAAAAAAUAACAGAAGGGCCUAUUAGAGUCAAUCAUCUCUGAUGAAUCAUUACUUUCAUAUGAUAUCUGUUUUUUCCUUUCCUUUUUUAAUGGACUUUACGUUGUACGUUUGAAAAUACCGAGAAUAAGCGUACGAUUUUAAGAUUUAAUUAUAAUCAGUCUGAUUAAACUUUAAGAUUUCCAAUCACAGUUUCUUCCAUUAAUAUAUUCAGGUUCUUAUUUAUAUAUUGUCAUCGAGAAAAGUCCGAAAAAGAUCGAAAUGUUUGACUCCAUGCAAUAUUUUUAUAAUAAUUAUCAAGUCAUUGUACAUUAUCUUUGCGCGAAUUUUGGCUCUAAUUUGUCUUUGUGUUAUUAUCUAUCUAUAUUGUAUUAUUAUUAUCCAUCAAAAUCAGUUAGAUAAAAAGAUAUCGGCAAAUAACACAACAAAGGUAUUUGUUUUAUUUUAUGUAUCUCCAAGAGAGAGAUAAUACUCGAUAACGCGCUUGGUUGUCGCGAUAUCAGAUUUAAUAUUAGAUUUAUUAUGAGAGACGCUAAAAUGUUUGAUCGAGAAUUUUAUCAGAAACUUUGUGCAACGCAUAUAAAUGUUCUUUCGAAAUUCGACCCGGAUGCGAUUCAAGUAUAAUAUAAAGAUUUGUGAAUACUCGGAUACGAUAAUAAAUAAAUUAGCAACAUAUGUACACACAUACGCAUAUGCGCGCUUGAUCAGCAAAUACUUUAAAUUAUGCUUAGGAACGACGAUUUUCAUCACUUUUCCUCUCUUCCGUAUUUUUAAUGAAUAAUCGAUAAGAGUAAUGAUCAAAUUCAAUAUAUAUUUGCACACAUAUAUAUAUAUAUAUAUUUCUUUUUUUUCAAUUUAAUUUGUUUAAUUUCGAUUUUUUUUUAACGCGAAAGAAUUUUGAGAAAUUCGAAUAGCGCUCUUUUUCAAAAUCUGUAAAAUUAUUUUUGGAAAUAAGAUAAAGAUUAUAUGACUAUAUUGACAGUAAAUAUGAUCUCGUUUCCGCUCAACGAUUUGACGAUUAUUAUGAUUUUUUGCACGGUCUUUUAUUUUCCCAAAAUUUUUACGACGCAAACGACGAUAAUUAAGGAAGAUGCGCGAGCGAUUUUUUAAUAAAUUUUCGGAGACAAUUCAUCGCCGAGAAAGAUGCGCAAUUCGAAAUUUUCGCAGUAUGCGAUUUGCAAUCUUAACUCAAUCAAGAACGAGCGAGCGGAAAAGAUAGCAAAUUGGAAGAAAGAUUGGAUACGUAUGUGUGUGGCAUGUGUGUGAAUGACAGGGAUUGAAAUCAAUAUAAUUUAAUUAAAUAAUUUCUUAUUUUCAUAUGAUCGAUUGAAAGAAAUACAUAAUCAAAAUCUUUGCUUUAGAGUGAAAUCUUUUUUUAGCAAAUAUUUUAAUAAUCUGUUUUAAAAUCAACUUGUUAAUAGAAUAACUAUUUAGAUAAUCAAUCUCGAAUUAUAUUAAACCCACUAUUUAUUUCAGAAAUAUCCUCUAAAUAUGAACUUUUAAUACUUUAAUUUUAAUAAUUAUAAAAUAUUAAUUUUAAUAUUACAUUCGUAUUAUCGCGAACGAGGAAAUGAUUUUUGUACUCUUGUAAUAGAAAUUUUAUUUUGCUCAGAUUAUAUUGAUUUCAAUUUCUGGUGUGAAAACUAAAGAAAAAGAACUAGGAAGAAGGAGAACAUGCGAUUAAUGCUUCCUAUUAAAAGUAGAUGAAUAAAUUUUCAACGACGAGAUUUGUAAAUACGUAGCAUUCACUCUAGUAGGUCAGUCAGGCAUUUCAUGAUUUACUUCGAUAUGAAAAAUCAAUUGCGCAUUCUUACUUGUAUUCUUGUACUUGUGUCCUCUUACACACGCAUACAUAUACACGCGUAUUGCGUUUGAAACACGACAUAGGCGCACACGCGUUCUUGUCAUUGACGUUCUUCUCGCAAUGGGAGAAUCGAGAUGAAUUACGAUACCGGAGGCUAGGUGAUAAGAUAUCUACGUUUUAGAGGUAAUGAGUAAUUAAGUGACAGAAAAACAUAAAAUAAAUAAGACUACAUAUAUUCCAUGCUAGCGAAUAUAUGCUUUCAUUAUGGAAAGUAGCUGGCAUGAAAGAUGCACCGAACAAUAAAGUUGCUACGGAAGAGAAAGAAAAAAAUAGAGCGAAAAAAAGAUCGAAA